CUCAUCCUUGAUUAUCUAUUACUAACGUUGGAGCGCUCGCAGUCUCGAAAACUUUGAACCCGGCACGUCUCACUGCGCCGAUUCAGCCAACUACCGUUGAAGCGGCCAGCGUUGCCCUCUCAUUCAGCACUCCCCAACGUGUGUUGUCUCAGCGAUUAAGAUUUGCAACAGUAAAGGUCUGCGAGGCUUUUCCCUCCCAAUGGGCUCCGAGACGUUAAAUCCCGGCGAUCCCGCGGUCGGGGUUCAGGAGAAGGGUGGGAGCAGCAGUGACAGCCAGGACGUCGACCCGGGACCGAAAUCUGAGGUGCCAUCUGACACAGAGGCCGCGGCCAUCAACGGCGACGCACCACAAAAGACAAAGAAGUCGCUAGCAUUCCACCUCAGCUUCAUCGCCAUUACCUUCCUCUCCUUUCUCUUCUCCCUCGAUGCCACCACCCAGGCAGUGGCGCUUCCUGUCAUCGCCGAGCAACUGCACGGCACCACGCUGCAGUCCUUUUGGGCCAACAUCGGCUACCUACUGUGCGUCGUCGUCACGCUGCCGCUGUACACGGCCGUGUCGGACGUGUUUGGCCGCAAGCCGACGCUGUACUUUGGCAUCUUUUUGUUCGCCCUGGGCUCCCUCGUCUUCGCCAUCGCCCAGAACAUGGUCACGGUCGUCGUCGGGCGCGUGCUGCAGGGCAUUGGCGGCGGCGGCAUGGACCUCAUGUCCGAGAUCAUCGUCGCCGACAUGACUACCCUGCAGGAGCGCUCCCUCUACCUCGGCCUCCUCGCCAUCCCCACCGCCAUCGGCAGUAUUCUCGGCCCCACCCUCGGCGCCCUCUUCACCGCAAACGUCUCGUGGCGCUGGAUCGGCUGGAUCAACCUGCCCAUUCUGGGCGUGUCGCUGUUCCUGAUCGUCGUCUUCCUCCGCCUGCGCCCCAUCGACAGCUCCAUCGCGAGCAAGCUCAAGCGCGUCGACUGGGGCGGGUCCUUCCUCUCUCUCGCGGGCAUCACCUUGUUCGUGGUGCCCCUCAGCUGGGCGAACUCGCUGUACCCCUGGCGGGCCUGGGAGACGCUGGUGCCGUUGCUCAUCGGCGCCGCGCUGGUGUUUGCCUUCAUGAUGUACGAGUUCAAGGUCCCCAAGCAGCCCAUCUUCCCGUUGCGCCUCUUCCACUCGCGCACCGUCCACCUGACCCUCCUGGGAAACUUUGCCUACGGCGCCUCGCUCUACUCAGUGCUGCAGUACCUGCCGUUGUUCUACCAGGCCGUCACGCUCCGCACCGCCAUCGGCGCCGCCGUCACGCUGCUCCCCACCAGCAUUGUCAGUGUGGUCUUUGCCGUUGGAGGUGUCAUUAUGGUCGGCGUCCUCGGGAAGGGUUACGUCUGGGCCAUUAUCAUGUACUGGGUCAUUCUUACCGUGGGCAGCGGCCUGCUGGGCCUCCUGGGCGAGAAUUCCUCGGCCAGUAUGCUGCUUGGUCUUCCGAUCCUGUGGAGCUCGGCCAUCGGCGCCCUGAUGCGUCUUCUCCACCUGCCGCUGCAAGCAAGUGUGUCCAGCGUCGACGACACGGGGCUUGUCAUUGGUCUGCUGCUUGUGGUUCGGCUGCUCGGCGGUGUCGUGGGGCUCGCCAUGUCGUCUAGCAUCUUCAACAGCGUGUUUGAAGCGUCCACCCGGCAUCUGGACCUCAUGGGCCCGUUGGCUCCGCUCAGGGAUGCGAGCCAGGCCGUUUCGUUUAUUCCGCAGCUGUUGAACGUGAAUCUGCCUCCGGAAACAUUAGACCCGGUGCUGCAGGCCUACGCGACAGCUAUGCGGGCCAUCUUCUACACCAUGACGGGCUUUAGCGGCGUCGGCUUGUUGACGGCGCUGUUUACGCAGGAUGUUAGCCUCAAGCGGACUGAGCUUGGCCGACAACGCUUUGAGAACUGAGCGGGUAUGAUGAUAUGGUGACACUGACCUACUUAUUCAUAGAAACCUCAGCAUAGUAUCAGGUUCCAAGGCCGCAUCUCGUAUGAUGCGGUCGUAGUGGCUAAGACAGCUGAGACAUGGCAUUUUUGUAUAUUGUUUAGUCCAAGGGAUUUGUAAUAGACUCGGAACAAGAUGGUCAUAAGCUAGCAGGCUACAGAUGCAUGUACAGUAGUCCAAACUAAAACCAGGUGUGACUUCGCUUCAGGGUUGGGGGAACCGGGUCUAUAGAGAUGUAUCUAUUUAAUUCGGUGUCAUAAGUACAUAGUGUACGAGUAGGCAGUAAAAGCUUAGUAGCAGUUUAAAUCGAUGUAGAACAAGGAGU